AUGACUGACAACAUCAUCUCGUGCCCUUUUUGUCCCUUCACAGACUCCGAUGCUGAUUUUGUAUCCCAACAUAUCGAAUUCUGUCACCCAGAAUCUGAGGAAACCAGUUUCUUACAGGGCAACCAGCGAGAAUUCAUCAGUCAAAACUCGGCUUCACCGUCAGUGGACGAGGACGGCGUAGACAAAUAUGUCGACUGUCCACAUGGAUGUGGUGAGACAAUAGCAAGCUCUGAGCUCUCGAGUCACCUGGAUCUUCAUGUUGCGGAGGACAUGGCACUGGAUGAUAUCGGGGCCACAACAGCACCCUCAACCGCAAAUGUAUAUGACCAUGGGGAUGAUCGGUCAUUUGAGGAAGACUCCCUCGACAUGCUCGAUCCUCACAAAGGAGGAAAACGAGGGAUGCAACGAGAUUCGUCGCGGGUAAACACCGCCAAGCCACCACGGCCUCACAGUCCGCCAAGGACAACCAAUGCAGAUGGCAUAAAGAGAUUAGGACGCUCCGAACUGGGUCCCCAUGCCCACGAGAAAAAAAUGCCGUCAUGGCUAAAGAAAAUGCUAGAAAAAGGCGGCAGCAUAUCAAAGCAAACCCAAAUCACAUCAGACGGUAAAUUCACACGACGUGAGACGGUAGAAAAUGAGACCGACCAUCUGAUACCCGUCCUUGCUCGACUGUGCGAACAAGACAAAUCCGUCCAGCGGGCAUUCCUCUGUAGCCCCAAAGUCCGCCAUAUCUGCAAAAUGCGUCGGGAAGGUGGGUUUUGUGGCUACCGCAACAUUCAAAUGAUGGUUUCUUGGCUGAAAAAGUCUCGUGGCUUUGGCCAUGAGCACUUUCCAAAUAAGGGGCCGACGAUUCUUGAGCUGCAGGAUAUGAUUGAAUCGGCCUGGGAUAUGGGGUUCAAUAGUUCUGGAAGAGUCGAGACAGGUGGGAUCAAAGAUACGCGCAAGUUCAUUGGGACGCCCGAGGCACAAGCGCUUUUCAUGAGCCUAGGAAUUCCAUGCGAAGCCAGAAGUCUGUCAGAGAGAGAUGGUGUACGGGCCUGCGAUGCUCUUUACAUCGAUGUCGCCGACUAUUUCCGAUCAGCGUGCUCAUUAGAAGACCAGACAAAGAUCGUCCAGACUGAUCUCCCUCCGAUAUACUUCCAACAUCAAGGUCAUUCUAUGACGAUUGUCGGAUUUGAGAUACGAGAGAACGGCAGCGCAAAUCUCCUCGUAUUCGAUCCCAUGUUCAAGACUUCCCCUGCAAUGGAACGUCUAAUCGGGGCCUUUGUGAAGCCCUCGGACCCCACUCGCCUUCUCAAAGCAUAUCGCCGAGGAACGCCCUAUCUGCAAAAGUACAAGAUUUUCGAGCUUCUCAACACUAGGCUAGACAAUAUGCGCACCUCUCCAAAUUUGAUCAUCACCGGUACCCCUGGCGUGGGAAAGACCGUCCACUGCGAACAACUCGCGCAAGAAAUCGGCCUGAAGCACCUGUCCAUUAACCAGGUCGCAAAAGACCGUGGGUGUUUCGAUGAAUAUGACGAGGAAUUGAAGACCUGGGUAGUCGAUGAGGAUAAGCUCCUCGAUGCCCUUGAAGACGAAAUUCCUAAUGGUGGAUACUUAAUCGACUGGCAUGCCUGCGACCUCUUCCCCAAGUCAUGGAUCGAUCUGGUCGUUGUCCUCCGCUGCCCCACCACAGAUAUUCUAUAUGACCGACUUUCCUCACGUGGAUACCACGAGAAAAAGCUGGACGAGAACGUUGACGCAGAAAUCUUUGGCGUUUUAUCAGAGGAAGCACGGGAGGCAUUCGACGAAGAGAUCGUGGUAGAAUUGAACAGCGAGCAGGAUUCAGAUGUGGAUUCAAACUGCCAGCGAAUCGCACAAUGGGUCGAUUCAUGGAAACAAUCGCAUGCCGAGAAUGCGGAUUAA